GUUUUGUUUUGUUUCUUUUCUUUUCACCACGUGACCUUCCUUUCCUUUCCUUUUCUUUCAUUUCCUCCAUAGCAUAGUUUUUCUUCAUUCAUACACAGUUUCAAGCAAAAUCCUUAAUCCAGAAACAUAAUCAACCAAUUAAUGUUAAUCACAGAUUAAUCAAAUGACUAACCUUUUCUCCAGAACCUUCCAUUGUCUCUGGUUUCCAUCCACCAUUCUUCCUCCUAAACCACCUUCCAAAAACCUUCCAUUUUCAUCUUCAAUUCAUCUUCCCAAACGCCAAAUCCAUGUUCUUCCCAGUUCAGCUUCUUCCUCAACCCCAUCUCCUCAUGAACAUGAACCUGUUGAACUCAUCUCUUCAACUCAACAUUCUGAUGGAAGUAUUGUGUUCACAUUUGGAAAUGCUAGUGAGAUUAGAGAAAUGGUAGAUGAAUUAGACAAACAGAAACUUGUUCCUGAGGGUGUUAUUGAGGAAGGAGGUGUUGGUGUUUUGCUGAGUGAUGAUGGGGUUGGAAAGAUGAGAAAUGAGGAUGAUAGUAACUUAGGAGAAGAAAUUGAAUCAUCUUCGACUGUAGUAGUUGAUGUUGCUGAUCAAAAUCCUCAGCUUCUGGCAAGUGAAGAAGAAAUUAGUGUUGUUUUUGAGAGUGAUAAUGAGACUGUGAACAAUGAUUUGCAAAACAUUGAUGAAAAUUUGAUGUUGGAUUCAGCUGAGCCGACUGGUUUCCCAAGCGUGUCUAAGGAAGAUUCUCAAGUUGAUAGUUAUGAAGAAGUUGGUGUUUCGAUUGUUUCUCCAGCGGUGUCGGAUGUGGUUUCUGAUCUGAGUGGUGGUGGUUCUUUGGAAGUUGAAGUGAAAGAAGUUUACGAUGAUGGCGGUGUGGAUAGAGCAGCAAACAGCCCAGCAGGUGGCGUUGAUGCUAGUGACUUGACUGAAUUGGUGCAAGUAUCCACUUCUAUAGAGUCUGGUCAUUCUGUCAACGGAACAACAAGCAACUUGACGAGUAGUGUUGAUGCUGACAUAAGUGAAUUGGAAACAGUAUCCACUUCCUUAGAGUCGGUGCAAGAUGAUUAUAGUGCGACAGACAAUCUUAGUGGCAGUGUUGAUGCUGAAACAAGUAAAUUGGGGCCGGUAACAACUUCUUCAGAGUCUGUGCAGGAUGAUUAUAGUGCAACAGACAAUUUGACUGGCAAUGUUGAUACUGAAACAAAUGAAUUGGUGCCGGUAUCAACUUCUUCAGAGUCUGCGCAAGAUGAGUAUAGUGCAACAGACAAUUUGACUGACAGUGUUGAUACCGAAACAAAUGAAUUGGUGCCGGUAUCAACUUUAGAGUCUGCACAAGAUGAUUAUAGUGCAACGGACAAUCUGACUGAAAGUGUUGACAUCGAAACAAAUGAAUUUGUGCCGGUAUCAACUUCUUCAGAUUUUGUGCAAAAUGAUUUUAGUGCAACGGAAAAUCUGACUAGCAGUGUUGAUGCUGAAACAAAUGAAUUGGUUCAGGUAUCAACUUCUUCGGAGUCUGCGCAAGAUGAUUAUAGUGCAACGGACAAUCUCACUGAGAGUGUUGACAUCGAAACAAAUGAAUUUGUGCCGGUAUCAACUUCUUCAGAGUCUGCGCAAGAUGAUUAUAGUGCUACUGAUAAUCUGACUGGCAGUGUUGAUGCUGAAACAAGUGAAUUGGUGCCAGUAUCCACUUCUUCAGAGUCGGAACAAGUUGGUUAUAGUGCAGCAGGCAUUCUGACUGGUACCAGUAUCGGUGCUGACAUAAGUGAACUGGAACCAGUAUCCAUUUCUUUAGAGUCUACGCAAGAUGAUUAUAGUGCAACAGCCAACCUGACUGGCAGUGUUGAGGAAGACAUAACUGAGAUCGUGCCAGUGUUAACUUCUUCAGAGUCUGAACAAGUUGGUUAUACUGCAACAGACAAUCUGACUGGGGGUGUCGAUGCCGAAACAAAUGAAUUGGUGCCGGAGUCCACUACCUUAGAGUCUGAACAAUUUGGUUAUAGUGCAACCGACAAUCUGGCUGGCAGUGUUGACGCUGAUAAUUAUGACACAGUGCCACUAUCUACUUCUUUAGAGUCAGAACAAGUUGAUUAUAGUGCAACAGACAACCUGACUGAUAGUGUUGAUGAAAGCAUAGUAAGUGAGUCGGGGCCGGUGCCAAUUUCUUUAGACUCUGAUCAGUCUGUUGAUAGAGAAACAACCAGCCUGACUGAUGGUGUUGUUGCCGAGUUUAGUGAGUCGGUCCCAAUAUCUACUUCAGUAGAGGCUGAACAAGUUGAUUAUAGUACAACGGACGACUUGACUGCCAGUGUUGAUACCGAGUUAAGUGAAUUGGUGCCAUUAUCCACUUCUUUAGAGCCUGAAAAAGUUGAUUAUAGUGCAACAGACAACUUGACUGAUCAUGUUGAUGAUGGCAUAAUAAGUGAGUUGGUGCCAGUACCGAAUUCUUCAGACUCUGAACAGUCUGUUAAUACCGAAACAACUCACCCGGCUGAUGGUGUUGAUGCCGAGUUUAGUGAGUUAGUGCCAUUAUCCACUUCUUUAGAGGCCGACCAAGUUGAAUAUAGUGAAACAGGCAACCUGACCUCCGGUGUUGAUACCGAGUUAAAUGCAUUGGCGCCAACAUCCACUUCUUUAGAGCCCGAGCAACUGGAUUAUAAUGCAAUAGACAACUUGACUGGCGGUAUUGAUACUGAGUUAACCGAAUCGGCACCAGUGUCUACUUCUUUGGGGUCUGAACUUCAUGCUAAUGAUGAUGAAACAAGCCUCCACUUUGUGGAUGACUCAGUUGAUGCAAGUGAAACAGAAAAGUCAGCACUGCUGGAUGAUUUGGUUCAAUCCUCAGACUUGGAAAACAAAAUAGAUGUUGGCAAUGCCGAAAGAAGUGAUUAUGAAAAGCCAUUAUUUAAUACUUUACCAGAGAUACAUUCAGUUGAGAUGCCUAGUGAUGAGGAAAAAAUUACAAGAACGGAGCUUUUCCUAGUUUCUGGUGCUGCUUGCUUGCCUCAUCCCUCCGAGGCACUUACAUAUCGAGAAGAUGCUUAUAUUAUUUCUCCCCAAAACUGGCUAGUUGUAGCUGAUGGAGUUGGCCAGUGGUCACUUGAAGGGAGUAAUACCAGAGUGUAUAUCAGGGAGCUCAUGGAAAAGUGUGAGAAUAUUGUUUCAAAUUAUGAGAACAUUUCAACAAUAAAACCUGCAGAUGUUCUUAUCAGAAGUGCUGCCGAAACACAAUCUCCAGGGUCAUCUUCGGUUUUGGUUGCUUAUUUUGACGGACAGGCCCUCCAUGCAGCCAAUGUUGGUAACACUGGAUUUAUCAUAAUAAGAGAUGGUUCCGUCUUCAAAACAUCAAAUGCAAUGUUUCACGAGCUCGGUUUUCCAAUACAUUUAGUUCAAGGCGACGACCACUCGGAAGUCAUAGAGGAGUACAAAAUCGAUCUAAACGACGGUGACGUGAUUGUAUUUGGCACAAAUGGACUUUUCGACAAUCUUUAUGAGCAUGAAAUAGCAUCAACUAUAUCAAAAUCACUGCAAGCUAGCUUGGAACCUCAGGAAAUAGCGGAAAUUUUGGCGACGGCGGCCCAAGAGGUCGGAAGAUCAAGAACUAGUGGAAGUCCUUUUGCUGAUGCAGCUCAGGCUUUGGGGUAUGUGAGUUAUGCAGGAGGCAAGCUUGAUGAUGUAACUGUUAUAGUGUCAUUAGUUCAAACUACAUAGAUAUUUCUAGUUUGUUUGUUUGUCUCAAUAUCUAUUGAUAUUUCACCUGCACAUACAACUGUUUAUGUAUAUUAUCAUGAUGCUGAAGAGAUGCAAUUUUUUCUAUAGAUUUUUUUCACUUA